ACCCAACCAAUCAAUCAGUUAUUUUUUUAUUCCCAUUGUGAUCGGUCACUAAACCCAGGAGGCCAGUUAGAAAUAUAUAUAUAUAUCCCUCCUUGACUUUCUUAUUCUGUAAAAUAAGAACUUUAUCAACUUCCACUUGCAAGUAAGAGUUGCCAAAUGUCCUCUUCACUUCAGUUUGCUACUCAAACGAGGUAAUGGCAGUGUUCCCUUUGGUAGCAUAGUAAAUCGUUUUACCCAAUUGAAAGUAUACCGGAAGGAUGCCCUCGGCAGUGCAGCACUAAUCGGUUUGACUAGAUGGAAUACAGCUACCGGAAUCUGUUCCUGAUGGUGAUUCUCAGACAUUCUCCUGGAGCAACUGUGAAGGCAUAGUUGUAGCUGUAUGCCAUAUUUAAAAAAGUUGCUGCCCAAUCAAGUCAUUUGAAUCCCAUGGAAGUAAAUGGCUAUUCAUUUUGAGGUGCUUUGAAAACUAAACUUGAUAUAAAUCAUUGGGUAUGCAGUAAACUCAAACACAGCUGUGCUAAAACAUAACAAAAGCCUGCCAACAUGUCCAGUGUGAAGACAAAGUGUAGACCCACGCAGCUGGCCCUCUCCUCAGGGCCCGGGGACAGUAACGGUAACUCAGUGGCCUGUCUCGGGACCUCCUCCCUGGACUCUCUGAGGAGCCUGAGUGAUAGAGACUCCUCCAGUGCCCCUGACAUGGAGUGUUGCCUGAUUGAGGGCUCCCCGUCCCCGGCCAACCACCACACAGACCACCUCAAUUGCACAUGUACAGCUAACACACCAAUAAACGGUAACCUCAAACUUGGCUCACCUCCAGAGAAUAGCUCCCUCGACCUCAUCACAUUACCUGAGAAUAGCACCUGCACUGUCCUCUCACCUGCAGUGACUGUACCUGGUGAGGGGGAUAUUUUGGAACCUGUCCAAACAUCUGUCUCCAGCUGUGUCAACACCAGCCUGGACAACUGGAACGGGAAUAUCACUCUGGUGAUCACCAGCCUGCAGGGACACCAUGGUGACAACCAGAGUGACUGGGGGAGUACUACAUCGUCUGGUGACAGGAGUGUUGCUGCCUCUCCUGAAUUGGCCUCUCCUGAGGGGGAAGAGAGCUCCAGCUCUGUGUCGCUCCGUGGCUCCAGUGAGAACAACUGCUCCAUCGGCUCAGGAGAGAUGGUGAUGAGGUGGAACAGCUUCUGUCUGGAGGAGGCUGACACUCUCACUGUGUCUCUGUCUCUGGUGGAGCUGUCCACCAGUUCCUCUGCCCAUGGCUCCCCUGCCCUGCCUGCUGACCUGGGCCAUGGCCUGCUGUCAUUGUCCACCACCACCACCCUGCCUGACGUCUGUGACAGGCUUCUGGAGAACAGACCCACUGACACAUUCAAAGUAAAGGACAACCCAGGCCCUCAGUGCUGGGGCAUGACCUUUAUCCAGUCAGAUGACCAGGAUCUCCCUCCUGAGGGUGACGGCCUUGCACGGCCUUGGUCUCCUGUGGAUGUGGAUCCCUGUGAGGCAGAGGGUGUACACCAGGCCACCUUUCUGUGUGAGCCAACCCCGUCUGCUGCAUGUGGAGGUGCUUCCCCAGCCCCCAGCAGGCGGGCCAGCUCGGAUGCCUAUAUCAGUGGAGGAUCCACCGAGGGCAGGACCUUCAUGCUGCCAGCCUCAGAGGAGCUGGACCUUGACGGCCGUGCCCAGACCUCCACACCAGUGCAGUGUGCUGGGAACAAACCCCUGGACUUGCCCUCCCUAACGGAGUCCCCCUGCACUGGGGAACAAAGUCACACUGGUAGCCCUGUGGUCCAAACGGCUAUAGACCAGCGAGGGGCUGCCCCAAUGCUCGCAUCCCCAAAACACUGUUUGGUUGCCAGGCUUCCCCCAUCAUCAGCUAACAGAAUUAGCAAAGCAGAAAUCAAAAAGUUUCCCAAGCCAGAUUUCAGCAGAGUGAAACCCAAGAUCAUGUCGAGACCAGCUCAUCCGUUGACAUUGGGAAGCCCUGCACCCGCAAAGAAUAAGCCAGGGAAACCAGUCAACCAGCCCUGUCGUAAACCAUCUCAGGUGAACAGGAACACUCCAAUGAGAAACACUCCUAGUAAACUAGCCACAGUGGAAGAUGGCCGCCCGAGGGCUGCUGUGGCUGAGAAUGCAGUCCCUGAUUUCCAUGGAAUGACAUUUAUCCAGGCAGAUGACCAAGACCUCUCUUCGGCUGCUGGGUCUCACAUUGGUCCACUUGCUCUUAGUUUGACUGAGGAGGCAGAGUGUCGAGCAUCCCUGUGUGAUUCUGUCUCUGCUGCAUUUGAAAAUGUCCCACCAGUACCCAGCAGUCAGGCCACUAGUCGGGUCAGCUCAGAGGCCGAGCAUGUAGCUUCUAACUGUGGAGGAGGAUCCGCUCCAGUGCUGCCUGGAAACCAGACCUGUUUCCCAUCUCCCACAGAGUCACCCUCCACAGAACAGCGAGCUGACCCUGCACCAGCCCUGGCCAGUCCUGGCAAGGCUGGCAACAAGGAGGAAGUGCCACAGAGGAAGAGACCUGGCUCUGUCUCCUCAGCCUCCUCACCAUCCAAUCAGGCACCAGUGUCAGCACGGCGGUCCCGCUGCUGGUCUGAGAGUUCCUCCACUACAUCUAUACCACACAAGGAGUCCAGAGCCUCCCCUGGCGGCUCAGCUAGCUUCAUCAUCCCCAAGGCCCACGUCCACCUGGGACAGAGCCAGGCCAGACCAGCCAGCCACAACCGCACUGGCAGUGCCCACAACAAACCGCCUGAGACCAGGAAGGAAGCAGAAGAGCGAAGCAGCAAGGAGAUUAAGAAAUCCUGCCUUGUGACGGCCUCCUCUAAGACUGCGAUGGGAGCAACGGCAGCAGUAGGAGCUGCCUGUGACAGGUUUAAGAGUAGACUUGGAGCACGGCCAUCCCUCAACAGAGCCAGAGGAGCCCCAGCCUCAGCCCCUCAGGCUCUCCCUCCAGUAUCUAGGCAGAGGCAGGGAAGAGAUGUCUGCAGCAGUGCCUCUAGUGGGAUGUGUUCGCCACGGGCCAAACAUAGCACCACAGCAGGUCAUCAGAGGUCCCAGACAAAUGAGGGAGUGCCUGUUGGAACCUCCUCAGCCAGCGGCAGCACUAAGCCCCCAGUGACUGGUUCCAGACUCCCCCAGGCCUCUGGUCACACCCUGGCUGUGGGCUCCAGCCAGCUCUCUACUGCGGUCUCCUCCUCCAGACUGCCCUACAAGUCCCACGGUGUCCCCAAGAGCAUCCCUUCCAAGGCCAGUGUACACAAUGAGCACAGUGGCAGCACAGGAAAUGCACAAGUUUCUGCAGGAGCAGCCCAGGUGUCUGUGGGAAGACCAGCCUCAUGCAAGACCACAGUGUUAAAAGCUAGACUCCUCUCACACCCAGGGAGUAACAUAGGACCUGCAGGAUGCAAAACUACAGAGUCGACCAAUCGGGUGCCCUCAAGGUCCAGAGCCAGUCCUAUGAAAAGAACUGCUUCAUCAAGACUUCUUCGUCCUGCCGCUGUAUUACCUGUGGACAAGAACAGACCGAGGGCGACACCACGGAGCCACCCACAGCCUCAACAGCAGUCACCAGCGCCACUGCCGCCCCAGAGGGAUGGGCAUCCAGACCUGGUGCUGGCGGAGGGAAGAGCGGGGGGCAUGGAGAGCUACCGGGCACCGUGUGAGAGGAAGAACCAGAGCCUCCAUCAGCUCCAGGGACUCCUGGCCGCAAGUAACUGCAAAUUUGAGGCCAUUGUUGUGGUGCUGCAGCAGACCCUGGCAGAGCAUGAUGAGGUCAUUAAGCAGCGCAGGGACCUGUCCCAGGAACUGAUGACCUUGAAGGGAGAGCUCGUGAACUCGGCCCGCUCGUGUGAGUUGUUGGAGCGGGAGAAGGAUGAGGUGUGUAGGGCAUUGGAGGGCGUGCUCCAGACGAUGCAGGAGCAGCACCACACAGAGCUGGCCCAGCUGGAGGAGAGGCUCAGGGUGUUCUACCAGGCCGAGUGGGACAAGAUCCACCUGACCUACCAGGAGGAGGCAGACCGGUGCAAGGCCCUCAUGGAGCAGCAGAUGACGGAGUUGAGAACCAGCCACGAGGCUGUGACGUUAGAGCUGGAGGCCAGCAACUCUGAACAGAUCCAAGUGGUUAAACAGCAGUAUGAAGAGUCUCUAAAAGAGUUCCGUCAAGCUCAUGAGCGGGAGCUGCAGACAUUGGACAAAAAACUGAAGGAGGCUGAAGCCACUUUAUCUGGCCAGAUUCAGGAGCUCAUCGAGGAGAACACGACCCUGAACCACAGGAUAAAGGCAGAGGAGGACCAGAGGAGGGAGCUGGCUGAGAGAAGUCAGAAGGACUCCCACACCCUGUAUCUGGAACAGGAACUGGAGAGCCUCAAGGUAGUGCUGGAUAUCAAGAACAAACAGCUGCACCAACAGGACCACAAACUGAUGCAGAUGGCCAAAAUGACGGAGAAAAGUGUUAAGCUGGACGAAUGCCUUAAAAAAGUCCAGCAGGAGAAUGAGGAUCUGAAAGCCCGCAUGGACAGACAUGCUGCUCUGUCGAGACAACUGUCCACAGAGCAGGCGGUGCUGCAGGAGUCUCUCCAUAAGGAAUCAAAGGUGAACAAGCGUCUGUCUAUGGAGAAUGAGGAGCUCAUCUGGAAGCUGCACAAUGGGGACCCAAGCAGCCCCCACAAGCUGUCCCCCACCUCUCCCUCCCACCAUUCCCUCGGCCUCCAAUCACCUCGCAGCUCUGCCGUCUUCACCAGCCCCAUCCAAUCACCUCGCAGCUCUGCCGUCUUCUCCAGCCCUCCAGUCUCACCCAGAUAACAGCAGCCCACCGCUUCCAGGAAGCAGACUCUUUCUCUCCUCUGAUUGGACUGGGUCCAGGAAGCAGCCUCUCUCACUCCUUUCUGUUUGGACCGAGUCAACCCUCCGUACUUAAGAGCUAUAUUAGCUGGCCGGGAUUGCCGCAUGUCAUCCAGAGAUGGCUACAAUAUCCCUGAAUGGCUCUACUUUCUGUUGACACUUACUACAGAUCAAUGACUCUAUGAGAAAAGACUGUUGCACAGAAGCACUUACUGAGUGAGACCGCCUCUUGUUCUUUCUGCCUUGUCUGAUAUUAUAGGACAUCAGCCAUAGGGUUAGGGUUAUUAUAGGACAUCAGAGGGUUAGGGUUAUUAUAGGACAUCUCAGGACUAUAUAAUGAGACACUAUUUUUGUUACUCUUUCUCGUGGUCAGCAAAAGCGUGUUGCUGGUUUUCCCUCUGAAAAUGGGAAGGAGUGGUGCUGGUGGCCAAAGGCAGACCUGUGUGUUGACUGACCGGGAAUAUGCUCUGCUCCUGUCUGUCAUAAUAUUGCUAUGAGAAUCAGCACGGCUAGGAAUCCAAAAAUAACAUUGAAUCUCCCUUUGAUUUGGAAAUCAAACAUGAAUCCUGUAAUCUGUAUAUUAAUUGAUGAAAAUUAGGUAAACAUAAACCCUUGUACAACACACAGUACUCAAUAACAUUGUGUUCACUCCUCAUAGAUCAUUCAUGAAUGCUUUCACUGCAGGAACUUCGCUUUCAGUGAUGCAUGCACCACAUGCUACAUGCAAUUGUCUUCAUAAACUGGAUAUUAGCAAUCAUUUCCUGUGUUUUUAAAAGGUUAAUGGCGUUUCCAUGGUAAUUAAUGGGCGUCCUGCGCUUCCGAACUGUACUUUUUUUUUUCCUGUUAUUACCCGUCUACCGGUUAUAUAGACUUCUAACUGUUCAGUUCUACAGGUUAUAUAGACUUCUAACUGUUCAGUUCUACAGGUUAUAUAGACUUCUAACUGUUCAGUUCUACAGGUUAUAUAGACUUCUAACUGUUCAGUUCUACAGGUUAUAUAGACCUCUAACUGUUCAGUUCUACAGGUUAUAUAGACUUCUAACUGUUCAGUUCUACAGGUUAUAUAGACUUCUAACUGUUCGGUUCUACAGGUUAUAUAGACCUCUAACUGUUCAGUUCUACAGGUUAUAUAGACUUCUAACUGUUCAGUUCUACAGGUUAUAUAGACCUCUAACUGUUCAGUUAGGUUUCCUGAUGACUCAAAGCUGUGUUUUUAAUGUUCGUUGGUUUGUUUGACCAUGGGACCAAUUCAAAUAAAUGUUUGCAUGUUUGAUGACCUGUUAUCUAGCACCCCUCCCUCAUCCAAUCCUCCUACUACAGCUUUAAAAUGGGGGGUCUUUACAAAGAUGUCACUAAGGUUAAAAUGCAAGAAGAAGCUAAGCGUGAUGGACGUGUUUUGGAUAUGUCACAAAUUAGUACUUGUUUGGAUGUGGAGAUUACUGGUGUUGAAAAAACUGUUUAAUAUAUGCAAUUAAUAAAGUCCUAUUAUGAAAUCUAAAGCAGAUAUA